CAGUAUUCUUCAGGAAGAAGAAUUAGCACUUAGCUAACAAGCUGCUGUUAGAGCAUGCCCUUGUGCUCAAAGCCGUUACGACGUUGCAUUGUAUAAUAAACCUGAAUUGUUCUUCUGUCUUGGUUGAGAAGAACUUUUGUCAUCAUGUCCCUGGCAGCGGAGGCUUUCGUUGGGCAAAUAGCGGCUGCAGAACCAUGGCCGGAGAGCGCAACCCUUUACCAGCCGCUCAAUGAUGAACAGAUCCUUCUCUCAGACAAUGCCUCUUCUCUGGCCGUCCAGGCCUACCUGAAGAUGUGUAGUCUGCCUGUAAGAGUGUCAUGUCGUGUUAAUGCAGAGUUCAUGUCCCCAUCGGGUAAAGUCCCCUUCAUCCAUGUAGGAAACCAGGUGGUGUCUGAGCUGGGUCCGAUUGUCCAGUUUACCAAAGCAAAGGGCUUCUCUCUGAGCGAGGGGUUGGAUGACGUCCAGAGGGCUGAGAUGAAGGCUUAUAUGGAGCUGGUGAACAACAUGCUUCUCACUGCGGAGCUUUAUAUCCAGUGGUGUGACGACACAACAGCAGCUGAGAUUUCUCGGCCGAGGUACAGUAGCCCCUACUCCUGGCCUCUGAGCCACAUCCUGGCCUAUCAGAAGCAGUGGGAGGUGCGGCGGAAGAUGAGCGCCAUCGGUUGGGCAGGCAAGAGUCUGGAGCAGGUUUACGAGGAUGUGAGUCAGUGUUGUCAAGCACUUUCACAGAGACUUGGUACCCAGCUCUACUUCUUCAAUAAACAGCCCACGGAGUUGGAUGCUCUUGUUUUUGGCCACAUCUUCACCAUCCUGACCACCCGGCUGACCAGUGACGAGCUCGCCGAACGGGUCAAGGUCUACAGCAACCUGCUGUCGUUCUGCAAACGCAUCGAGCAGACCUUCUUCGAGGAAUCUGACCAAUCGCCAGGCUCCUCGCGUUACUCUAAAGGCCCCACCCUCACUUGAGGUUCUGUUCGGCCCGCUGCACAACGUUCCAAAAUAUCCUCAACCUUUCCAGCCGCCUCCUCCAUCGCCGCCUCCUCCCGCCCGGAAUGCCACACACUGAAGUCCCACAAAGGCAACCAUAGCGCUUCUUUGUUGUAAAAAUGCUUGGAUGUAAACAUAUGUAAUUCUUUUAUUUGGUUGUUUUUUUUUUUUUUUUUUGCUGUUAUCCUCCUCUUGUUGUACAUGUACAUGGAAAGUGCCUAUCAUUAUUAAAAGUACACAUCGCACCCGGAAA